UCUACGCAUGUGCGAACUGAACAUGGUGAUGGUCUGAGCGAAAGCAGCAAAUUUAAGCCCAAGUGUUGUAAUGAUUAAACUUUUAUGUGGUUUUCACGUCACUCUGACAUGUUUUUAUGAGAUAACUCGUUUAACUGUGAUUCAUAAGGUUUGACUGGAGCCGGUCAGUCUGUCCGGAAACUGGAAGGAGUCGGAUUAACUGAGUUAGUCAGCUCUCUAGGCUAGUUGUGUUUUCAGCCGUGAUGUUCAGCGCGUUUCGUAGAGCAGCUGUCUCUUCCCUGAGGCAGGCUCAGCGGCUGUGUGCCCGCACAGAGCCCCGCAUGUCAUGGGGACGCAUGCAGCUCUGCUCCUCGGCUUCUGUGACUUGCCGCUUACUCGAAGACUGUCUGGAGAUCAGCGACGCGGGGACGCCGGUGCUCUUCGACUACGUGUGGCUGCGGGACCACUGCCGCUCAGCGUCCUCUUACAACUCCGCAACCCACCAGAGGAGCCUGGACACCGGGAGCAUAGAGCUCACUGUCCGCCCCGAGAGCUCCGCGGUGGAAGGCGAUCAGCUCGUCCUCACCUGGCCCGGUGGCCACGUGUCCAGGUACAGCCUCAGCUGGCUGGCUGAGCACAGCUAUGAAGGGAGGAUGAAGGCCGCCGAGCAGCCGCGCGUCCUGUGGAACGCUGACGUCUACCAAAACGCCAGCCUAUCACCGGCAAAGUGGGACAAGUUCAUGAGCUGCGACGACGAGCUAAAGAAGUUCCUUCAGAACUACCUUCUGUACGGAAUCGCCUUCGUGGACGACGUUCCGACAACAGUGGAGGCCACCGAGGAGGUCACGCGGAGGGUCAGCCUCAUCAGGGAGACGACGUAUGGGAGAAUGUGGAGCUUUACAUCCGAUUUCUCCAGAGGCGACACUGCCUACAGCCAGCUGGCCCUGGACCGUCACACUGACACGUCUUACUUUCAGGAGCCAUGUGGAAUCCAGGUGUUUCACUGCCUCAGACAUGAGGGGACCGGAGGCAGGACGCUGCUGGUGGAUGGCUUCCAUGCGGCCGAGAAGCUUCGCCAGCGUUCGCCCGAGAGCUUCGAGCUGAUGUGCCGCGUGCCCGUAAGGCACGAGUACAUCGAAAGCACGGACAGCCACCGCAACCACAUGGUGGGCAUCGGGCCCGUGCUCAGCGUCCACCCUUGGAACAAUGAACUGUACAUGAUACGAUAUAACAACUACGACCGGUCAGUGAUAAACUCCAUCCCCCACGACGCCGUCCGCCGAUGGUAUGUAGCCCACCGCGAGCUGACCGCGGAGCUAAGGCGGCCCGAGAACGAGCUCUGGGUCAAACUCACUCCUGGGAAAGUGAUCUUUAUUGACAACUGGAGGGUGCUGCAUGGGAGGGAAGCGUUCAGCGGCUUGAGGCAGCUUUGCGGAUGCUAUCUGACCCGAGACGACGUUCUCAGCACUGCGCGCUGCUUCGGACUACAGGCCUGAACCUAACCGUCCUGUCAUGUCACUGCCUCAUCACUCUACCAGCUCCUUCGGUACAGCGAGUAUCAGCCCCAAGCCUCACUGGUUGAUUUUAAUCUGAGUAAACAAAUCACAAAGCAAAUAUGUGUACAGAGGGAAAAAAAGCUGCAAGGGUUCCCUGUUCAGUCUGUAUUAGCUGUCGCAGUAAUGGCACUGUUGGGACAAAAUCUGAGUGGAGGGUUGAGUUUGAUCUAGCAAACCCCUUUUGUAUAAUUAAUGUAAGUACAUUUCAUGUGUAAAUAAGCCAUUAUUGGGCUCAAAAUGCAGUCUUACAACUCUGCCCCUGAGCUGAAAGCAAAUCUGUACGCUACAUGUCUGC